GAAAUAAGUGAUUGCUGUCACUGCCAUUCUGACUAUCCGCCCCUUGUUCUGUACCUCGAAGAACUGGUCUCCGGCGGGGAAGGAGAGCCGGGCCGGCCGGAAGCGGAAGCGGGGCGCCGCCAUUUCCCCGGCGGAAGAAGAGCGCGCCCUCUGACCUGGGGGGAGACCGAGGGGCGGGGCUUGGGUCGGUGGGCGUGGCCUCCGUCCGCUGCCCGCGCUCGCUGCCGGCCUGGGCCUCCGUCCGCCAUGAGCAGCAGCAGCAGCAGCGGCGCUGGCGGCGGCGGCAGCGGCACUAGCGGCAGCCAUGAGUUCCGCGUGCACCACGACGUCCACGAGCUCCUGCGGAUCCUGCGGCCCAGCGCGGCCGGGGCCGGGGGUCCGGGGUCCGAGGGCGCCUCCUUCGGGGCGGAGGGCUUCGCGGAGCUGCUGCUGAGGAGCCGCGGCGGAGGCCCCUUCCCUUCCCCGGCCUCGUCCUCGGCCUCGUCGGCCUCUCCCUCAGCGGCGUCGGCGCGGGCUCGGCUGGCGGAGGCCUCCCGCUCCCCGGAGGAGUUCCUGCGCAAGUACGAGGAGCUGAAGGCCCGCAGCGCCCGCGGCCUCGAGCCCCUGCUCUGCCUGCUGGCCAGCCUCCACGGGGAGCCGCAGACGCUGCGCUUCCUCCAGCAGAACGCCCGCGAGAGGGCCGAGGCGGCGGCGGCGGCCAAAGCAGCGGCGCCCCCGGGGCAACAGCAGCAGCAGCCGAACCCAGCCCCCAAAAUGAGUGCCAGGGACCUGGAGGAGCUCCGCAAGCAGCUGGGCUCCGUCGCCCCCGGGAACCCCCUCCUCCUGCGGCAUCAGAGCCAGCCCCUGGAGCUGGUGCGAAAGGUGCUCCGAGAGAAGCAGAACAGGAGGAACUGUGGGCAGCCUGUCCCCUCCUUCCCCUCCUGGGUCUACGAGCGGCCAGCCCUCCUUGGGGACUUCCUCACCGGCUCUGGCUUGAGCACGGAUAUAGCUGUGCCUAUAGGCACGCUGCCACUGGCAGCCCAGGAGUCGGCAGUGGUGGAGGACCUGCUCUAUGUCCUGAUUGGGGUGGACGGGCGGUACAUCACUGCGCAGCCGCUGGUGGGCAGAGAGGGCCGGACCUUCCUGGUGGACCCCAACCUGGACAUGUCCGUCAAGGAGCUGGUCACCCGCAUCCUUCCCGUUGCUGCCAGUUACUCCGUGGUUACCAGAUUCGUUGAGGAGAAGGCAUCCUUUGAGUAUGGGCAGGUGAACCAUGCCCUGGCAGCGGCCAUGAGGACCUUGGUCAAGGAGUACAUGAUCCUGGCCACCCAACUGGAGCACCUCCAACGCCAGGGGCUCCUGUCCCUCCAGAAGCUCUGGUUCUACAUCCAGCCCACCAUGAGGACCAUGGAGAUCCUGGCCUCUCUCGCAACCUCGGUGGACAGAGGCGAGUGCACAGGAGGCUCCACGCUCAGCCUGCUCCACGACAAGACCUUCAGCUCCACGGGGGACAGCCAGGCCCAGGAGCUCUGCCUCUACCUGACCAAAGCCGCCAGCGUUCCCUACUUUGAGAUCCUGGAGAAGUGGAUCUACAGAGGCAUCAUCAAUGAUCCCUACAGCGAAUUCAUGGUUGAGGAGCAUGAGCUCCAGAAGGAGAAGAUCCAGGAGGACUACAAUGACAAGUACUGGGACCAGAGGUAUACCCUCGUACCUGAACAGAUCCCUUCCUUCCUCCAGAAGGUGGCCGACAAAAUCCUCAGUGCAGGGAAGUAUCUGAACGUGGUCCGGGAGUGUGGCCACGACGUGAGCUGCCCCGUGGCCAAGGAGGUCAUCUACACCCUGAAGGAGCGGGAAUAUGUGGAGCAGAUUGAGAAGGCCUACAACUACGCCAGCAAGGUCCUGCUAGACUUCCUCAUGGAGGAGAAGGAGCUGGUGGCACGCUUACGAUCGAUCAAGCAUUACUUCCUGAUGGACCAGGGCGACUUCUUCGUCCAUUUCAUGGACCUGACAGAAGAAGAGCUGAAGAGGCCGGUGGACGACAUCAUCCCAACCCGGCUGGAGGCUCUGCUGGAGCUGGCCCUGCGGAUGAGUACAGCCAAUACGGACCCCUUCAAGGACGACCUCAAGAUUGACUUGAUGCCUCACGACCUCAUUACGCAGCUCUUGCGGGUUCUGGCCAUUGAGACAAAGCAGGAGAAGGCAAUCCUCAAUGCCGACCCCACGGAGCUCUCACUGAGCGGCCUGGAGGCCUUUUCCUUCGAUUACUUGGUGAAAUGGCCACUCUCCCUGAUCAUCAACAGGAAGGCUCUGACACGCUACCAGAUGCUCUUCCGGCACAUGUUCUACUGCAAACAUGUUGAGCGGCAGCUGUGCAGCGUCUGGAUCAGCAGCAAAGCAGCCAAGCGCUCCUCACUGCACUCCUCCAAAUGGUUUGCCGGGGCUUUCACCCUCCGCCAGCGGAUGCUCAAUUUUGUGCAGAACAUCCAGUACUACAUGAUGUUUGAAGUGAUGGAGCCAACGUGGCAUGUCCUGGAGAAGAAUCUCAAAUCGGCCUCCAACAUUGACGACGUCUUGAUCCACCACACCAGCUUCUUGGACAACUGCCUGAAGGACUGCAUGCUCACCAACCCAGAGCUGCUGAAGAUCUUUUCGAAGAUGAUGUCCGUCUGCGUCAUGUUCACCAACUGCAUGCAGAGAUUCUCCCACAGCAUGAAGCUGGACAGCGAACGGGGACGGCUGGCUGCGGAGCAUGGGACCAUGCGGGGACCCCCGACAGAGCAGGAGCGCCUGGAGGAGGCCACUCGGAAGCAGCUGGCAAACAAGCUGCUGGCAGAGCACGCCGACUCCCUCCAUGUGACAGCAGGCUUUGAAGCAACCAUUAACAAGUUUGACAGCAACUUCUCUGCCCACCUCCUGGAUCUGCUGGACAAGCUGAGCCUCUACAGCACCAGCGACUGCGAGCACAGCAUGAUCAACAUCAUUUACAGGUUGGACUUCAAUGGCUUCUACACAGAGAGACUGGAGCACAUGUCUGCGGAGCGACGCCAGAAGUCCGGCCCAUAGGCAGCUUCCCCCAAGGGUGGCCGUGCCAUGAGCAGUCCCACUUCCCCUUCCAUUGCGCAGACAGACUGAGGCUUGUACAGUGGAGACUCUUGAGUGCAUUUGAGCAUUGCGGCUGCUCACUAGCGGUUUGUAAGGCUUCCUGUUAACAAACUCAUAUGCUUUUUAAAGCAAGGAGGUAUGGAACUUUAAAAAUAAAAUCACUGCAAGAAAAACUG